ACUGGCGCCAACUUCCUGAGAAAGUUGGCGGUAACUCGUAGCCAAAAGUUGCAAAAUCUAAAGUUAUUGACAACUUGUCGUCAAGUUGGUCGGAAACUAAUGAAUGACCAACUUUUUCACGAUCAACUCGUGCUAUCAGGGAAAGUGCGUGUGAUUUUUAAUGAAUUAUUGUCGUAAUAAAUUACAUAUUUAAUUGUUUUUUGAAUUAAAUUUAUUUUUAGAUAAUUACGAUUAGUUUGGUUUUGUUAAGUGAUAAAUUUAAUAAAUUAAUAAUUACCAAUAAAUAAUGGAUUCAAGAGAUUUAUUCAAAGCAUUUUAUGACGAUCCACGUGUCGCUUGUCAGUAUGGUGUGAGAUGUUAUCAGAAAAAUCCGGAACAUCAUGAAAAAUAUAAACAUCCACCGGCAACUCAACAAAGUAAUCGCGGUAAAACCAGUACUAAAAAAGGUAAAAAACGUAAAUUAAAUGAUGAUUGUGAGAAUGAUGAUUCUGAGUCAUCAAGAAAAUUAAAAAAUAAAAAAGAUGAUGAAUGUCAGCAAGUUGUAGAUAAACGAGAAAUAUCACCAAGUCCGUCUAUUUCAACUGAUGACGAUGAUUUUGUGUGUGAUGAAGAGGAUAUUGAUAGAAUAAUGAAAGAGGCUGCAGUGGAAAAACCAAUUACUUGUAAUUCGAAUAAUUCUGAUACUAAUGAUUUAAUUACAGAAAAUUCUGAAAUGUCAACAUCGAAACAUAAUGAUGAUAAAAUAAAUACAUCGAAUGAUAAUUCAGAAGAAACAGAAACGAGUCUCGCUGCUAAAAAAAAAAUUAUUUCAGAAUUAUUUCUCGUAGAAAUGCCAGAUGAUUUUUAUAAAUUUUAUGACUUCUGUUGUUCAUUAUCUAAAGAUGAUCCUGUGUCAUCUUUAAAAAGUGUUGAUUUAAAGCUGGUUGGUCCUUAUGAUGUUUUGGCUGGUAAAAUAAUUAAAUACUCUGAUGAUGAUAAGGAGAAAUAUUUGAGACACUGGCGAUACUUUUAUGAUACACCAGAGUUCCAGACUGUUCUAAAAGGAAACGACAAAGAUGGACUACAUUAUGGAUAUUGGCGUGAUGAAUGUAAAAUAAAUCCAGCUUUCGUUGCUAAAAAUUCAGCUAAUAAGGAUCAUAAAAUAAUACCUGUUGCGCCAAAUAUAUUUGGUGCAGUCUUGACACAUGUAGAAGAACGUUUAAAAGUGGCCGGUCCAUUUGAAAAAGCCAAAAUUUCUCGUAUUCAACAAUCAUUAAAAAACUAUGCCAAAAAACAUGAUAUAAGCUUAGACAAAAGUUCAGCUGAUUUGCAAAAACGCAAUCGUGAUGCUGUAGCAAAAACUUUUCACGGUGCCGGUAUUGUUGUCCCUUAUGAUAAAAAAACUCAAUUAGGAUACAGACAAUUAGCAUUGACUGACAGUCAUCUACUGAAAUUAUUAAAUCAGAUUGAAAAAGCAGACUGCAAUGAAAUAAGACAAUCACUGAUGAGUAAACUCGAAGAAGUUGUAAGACUUGCAACAAUAGCAGCAGAUGAGUGUGACUUUGGUACACCUUUAGAAUUAGGUCAUAGUUUAUUUAGUAGCGGAGUUAAAUAUGUACAGCGAAUAGCUUUGCAAAUGUUCGCGCUGGCGUACAAUCUUCUUAAGCGACCAGAAUUUUUGAAAAUAGCUGAAGCACAUAUUGCUAAUCGCAAAAAAGGAUGUGAUUUAAGUGUACUGUGACAUCAUUCAUAUUUAUCUGUAUUAUAUUAUU